AUUGAACCUGAACUCCAAGAGGGCCACGAUAAGUCACUGGAGAAGUGACUGAUUGUACCUGGACCGACGACGAACCGUAUCAUUUUGCACAUAUCGGAACACCAGACACUGAGAAGCUGUGUUCAGCCGAAGUUGGCAGAGAAAUCCAAGGAAAGAAAGCGAAGAAAACGGGAGAGAGCAGCAGCCGUGAGCCAAGAUCACCACCACUCCAGGGACACGCUCGUAACCCGGAGCUUGGUUAAGCGUUAUAUGCUGUUGUAAUUGGAGUCCCAGUGUGUCUCCUACAGUCUCAUUCUGCUCACCUAGCGGUCCACCCCACCACGAGCUCAUCCGACCUCCAGCAUACUGCAGCAAGGCAGAAGUCCUAUUCUCAGCGCAUCCUUACGGGGACCUCUUCCACCAAGAAUUCCACCAUGGAGUCCGAAAUUAGAUCCAUCAUUCCCAACAUCGACCCGGUCGUUUCCGAGUACUCGGCUGGCUAUCUCACACAUGCCUCAACCUCCUGGGCUGGUGACGAGGACCAGGCCGGCCCGUCUCCGCUCGCCGAGGCCGCCUCUGUCGUGACGGAGCUGCUCCUCUCCGCCUCGGGCAAUGCAGACGCCAAGAAACAGGACCUGAUCCGGGAGCUGGUGGAGAAAUGGGUUACCAAAUAUGACGAGGCCACUGGGUCCGCGGAGCGAAUGGGCCCUACGGUGCGGAGGUUGGACCAGACCAUCCAGGUCGGCGCCCAGAACACCAUGUCAUCUACCUUGGCGGUGGCUACCGGUGCUGUGGACCUCGAGGCUGCGAACGCCAGGAAGGUGGAGUCCAAGGUUGACCGCAAGAAGCUGGAGAAGGCAGAGCGGAAGAUCGCCGCAAAACAGCAGAAGAAGACCUUCAAGACGGUCGAGUAUGAGGCCUCGCGGCUGCUCGACCAGCCAGACUCGACCCAGUCUUAUGAAGAGUUCUACAUGGCUGUCAAUCCACUGCAGAGUGUCGGCUCUGGUGGCAAGUCCAAGGACAUCAAGAUCGACAACAUUGACGUUUCCAUUGGUGGCCAGAGAAUCCUGACGGAUACAACAUUUACCCUGGCGUACGGCCAUCGUUAUGGUCUGGUCGGUAACAACGGUGUUGGUAAAUCUACGUUGCUGCGAGCCCUGUCUCGCAGAGAGGUCCCCAUCCCUACGCAUAUCUCUAUUCUUCACGUCGAGCAAGAGAUCACUGGUGACGAUACUCCCGCGAUACAAGCUGUCCUUGACGCAGACGUGUGGCGGAAGGUGCUUUUGAGGGAUGAGGCUGAAAUCACGAGGAAAUUGGCCGAGAUAGAAGAGCAGAGGUCUACCAUGGCAGACACAUCACAAGACGCAGCGAGAUUAGACCGUGAUCGCGAGGCCCAGGACCAGAAACUUGUCGACGUCCAGGCCAAGCUUGCAGAAAUGGAGUCAGACAAGGCGGAAUCAAGAGCAGCCAGCAUCCUGGCCGGUCUGGGCUUCUCGCCAGAACGACAGCAGUUCGCCACCAAGACCUUCUCCGGUGGUUGGCGCAUGCGUCUCGCGCUCGCCAGGGCGCUCUUCUGUGAGCCCGACCUCUUGCUUCUCGACGAACCGUCCAACAUGUUGGACGUCCCCUCCAUCACCUUCCUGUCGAACUACCUACAAGGCUACCCCAGCACGGUGCUCGUUGUCUCCCACGACAGGGCUUUCCUGGACGAGGUGGCCACAGAUAUUAUCCACCAGCACAGCCAGCGCCUCGACUACUACCGGGGAGCCAACUUCGCCUCCUUCUACGCGACCAAGGAGGAGCGCAAGAAGACGGCCAAGCGGGAGUACGAGAAGCAGAUGGCCGAGCGCGCCCACCUGCAGGCCUUCAUCGACAAGUUCCGCUACAACGCGGCCAAGUCGUCCGAGGCGCAGUCCCGCAUCAAGAAGCUCGAGCGCAUGCCGGUGCUCGAGGCGCCCGAGGCCGAGUACAGCGUGCACUUCAAGUUCCCAGAAGUCGAGAAGCUCUCGCCGCCCAUCGUGCAGAUGUCGGGCGUCACCUUUGGCUACUCGCCCGACAAGAUCCUGCUGCGCAAUGUGGACCUGGACGUGCAGCUCGACAGCCGCAUCGGCAUCGUGGGCCCCAACGGUGCCGGCAAGACGACCGUGCUCAAACUGCUCAUCGGCAAGCUCAGCCCCUCGUCGGGCCUCAUCACGCAGCACCCCCGCCUCCGUGUCGGCUUCUUCGCCCAGCACCACGUCGACGCCCUCGACCUCACCACGUCCGCCGUCUCCUUCAUGGCCAAGAACUACCCGGGCAAGACCGACGAGGAGUACCGCCGCACCCUCGGCGCCUUUGGCAUCACAGGCACCACCGGCCUGCAGAAGAUGGGCCUGCUGUCCGGAGGUCAAAAGUCUCGUGUCGCCUUUGCCUGUCUGGCCCUGACGAACCCGCAGAUCCUCGUCCUCGACGAGCCGUCCAACCACCUCGACAUUGAGGCCAUGGAUGCCCUCUCCGACGCCCUGCGGGAGUUUGAGGGUGGUGUGCUGAUGGUCAGCCACGACGUGACCAUGCUGCAAACUGUAUGCACCAGCCUGUGGGUGUGCGAGAACGGCACGGUCGAGAAGUUUGACGGCACCGUGGCCGAUUACAAGAAGAGGAUCACGGCCCAGGCGGACGCGCAUGGUGUUGUUGCGAAGCACUAAGAAAGAAAGAGGGGAAAAUGCAUUCAUAUAUAUAUCCUCUAGAUCUGAAUGUAGAUCCAAUAAGAGCAUAUUGUGCAGAAUGUUCUUUUGAUCCAC